CGUAGUUUCGUGACGUAAUGAGGUGUCCUCGCUCUUACUUCCGGGUUUGCCGUUCCUACACAUACGUUACACUUUCCUGGCCUCUGUGAUCCACCACGGCCAAAUUUCGGCACGAGACAAAGGACGAAGUGUUGUAAGUCAUUGUGACCAUUGACCAACAGUCAAGAAAAAUGGCACAAGCAGCCAUGCAUCAGUUUGCUGCCCCCAUGCUGAUGCCCACCCCUCCACAGCUGCAGCCCCCACAGGAGAUAGGGGGGUGGGUUCAGGACAGGGUCCUAGGCAGCGGUGGUUUUGGCACUGUUACACUGUGGAGACAUAAGGAGUCCUCAGACACUGUAGCCCUGAAGAAGACCAGGCAGGAGUUGAACCCAAAGAACAGGGAGAGAUGGAAGUUGGAGGUGGACAUCAUGAAACGGUUGAAGCACGACCACGUGGUCACUGCCAUGGACGUACCAGACCCUCUCAAACCAAGUGUUGACCACCUGCCUUUUUUAGCCAUGGAAUUUUGCUCAGGUGGUGAUCUGAGAAAGGUACUUUCUCGACCAGAAAACUACUGUGGGAUGAGGGAGAUUGAUGUCAGGAAUGUGGUGAGACAUAUUGCAUCUGGUGUAGAGUACCUCCAUUCCAAGCGGAUCAUCCACAGAGACCUGAAGCCAGAGAACAUUGUACUACAGGAGGAGGAGGGAGGGGAGGUGGUGUACAAACUCAUUGACCUGGGGUAUGCCAAGGACCUGGACCAAGGCAGCGUGUGCUCCUCAUUUGUAGGAACUCUACAGUAUUUGGCUCCUGAACUCUUUGCUAGCCAGAAGUACACAAGAACAGUGGACUACUGGAGUUUUGGCACGCUGGUGUUUGAGUGCAUCACAGGUUCCAGACCAUUCCUACCCAACAGGAACCCUGUACAAUGGCAUCUCGAAGUGAAAAGAAAGAAACAAGACACACAUAUCAGGGCUUACGAAGAAAGACCAGGUGAAAUCAAGCUGGCCUCAGACAUCCCAGCCCCUCACCACCUGUGCCAGCCCCUAGUAGAGCGGUUUGAGUCCUGGCUACAGCUCAUGCUCCGAUGGGAGCCGCACAGUAGGGGAGGCGGCGGCAACAACAGGGCAACAUGCUUUGAACUGCUGGACUCUAUCUUAGACCUCAAGAUAGUCCAUGUGCUGGACAUGCACACGGGGCAGCUGUACUCGUACCCGGUGGAGGAGGAUGAGACAGUGGAGUCGCUGAUGAUCCGGCUGGCCCUGGAGACACAGAUGCCGGUAGAACAACAGGAGCUCAUGUUCUCCACUGGCAUGUCUCCUGAUCCCAACGGCAAGGUCUCCCAGUGCUGGGAUGAACCCGGCAAGGACGACAAUAUCGUGUUCCUGUUCAACAAGAACUACAUUGAUGACUCGAAGUGGGUCGUCAGACCUCUUCCUGAGGUGGUUAAAGUCAUGAUUGCUGAACCACAUACAUUGCAGCCAUAUCCAGAGAGGAAAAAAUCCUAUGGCCUGUCCUACCACUAUUGUAGACUGAUGGCAGAUGCCUACAAUCAGUUGUUCAAAGGAAGCAGAGCAUCCAUGCUGAACCUUCUACGUCUCCAGAACAUGCUGACCAAACUGGUGAAGGAGAUCUCCAGCAGUUUCUCUACAUACAAGGGACAGGAAGCACACUUUAUUGCCAGCCUUGAGUGUGAUAUGGAGAAAUAUGCUGAGCAGUCUACAACAGGAAUAACUUCUGAAAAGAUGUUCAGGUCUUGGAGAGAAACACAGAAGGAAGUUGAGGCAGUCACUGCAGUCCAUCAAGAGGAGGUGCAAAAACAUGAGAGUGCCAGUACAGCGCUGCAGACUAAACUGGUCCAGCCUCAGAGGAGUCCGCUGGCUCGCAGGAGACAGAUAGAAGAGCUAGACGACAUAGCAAAACAGGCCUUGAAUCUCUUCAAUGAGCUCAGACAAACUCCCAGAGAAGAGAGAAUACACUACAGAGACAGUCAGAAGAUGGUGAGAGUUGUGCUGAACUGUGUCACCAAGAGAGACAACCUUGUGGAGGACAUAUACACCCAUCUCAUGAAGCUGAUAGAGCUGAGAAAAGAAGUGAAGGAGUUGCUCCCCAACAUGCAAAGGACUCUUAAGGACAUUGAAGAAUCCAGGAAAAAGCUGACUGCAUUCCAGAGGAAGAGGCAACAGGACCUAUGGACGUUACUGAAAGUUGUGUUGCAGAAGGUUCCUGGGAACUCUCCUGACCCUGUCCCAACCAACCCUGGAGCCAUGGAGAACAGGUCCCUGUCCUCAAGUACCAGCAGUGUGUCGUCUGUCUACCUGGAGAAAACAUGUGAGGAAUCCAUGGUGGCAAAAAGUGAGAACCAGGAUGUGAGAGGAAGGUUUUCAGAGAUGUUCAGCAGCAUCAUAAACCUUGAGUCUGACAGCUUGUCCAACACACAGUCACUUGACUGGAGUUUUCUGGAGGAUGGAAAGGAGGCCAGAGACAACAGAGACAAUACACCUGAAUCUGUAGAGGAGAGUUUAUAAAACCUGUCUACACUUCUGAACACAUUAAAAUGCUGCUGCUGGUAAACAAGCAGGCUCGACAUCAAGUGAAUUACACAAACACAUGUGGCCAAAAUGCUAUAAGAUUCAA